AUGGAAAACCGCUCAUUCGACCACAUCCUCGGAUGGCUCAAGAAAACCAGACCCGAUAUCAAUGGCCUCACUGGUAUGGAAUCUAAUAGAGUCAACGCUUCGGACCCAUCAUCUCCUCAAGUCGUCGUCUCCGACAGCGCUAUUUUCGUCGACUCCGAUCCCGGUCACUCUAUACAAGCCAUCCGCGAACAGAUAUUCGGGUCCAACGACACCUCCGCCGACCCGGCUCCGAUGAACGGCUUCGUCCAACAAGCGGAGAGUAUGGACGUUGAAGGCUUAUCGGAAACGGUGAUGAGCGGGUUCAAACCCGAACUUGUGCCCAUUUACACCGAGUUAGCGAACGAGUUCGCCGUGAUGGAUCGCUGGUUCGCCUCAGUCCCCGCGUCAACUCAGCCAAACCGGUUCUAUGUCCACUCAGCAACCUCUCACGGAGCUUCAAGCAAUGUACGCAAAGACCUCAUCCAUGGGUUCCCCCAAAAAACCAUCUUCGAUUCGUUGGACGAAAACGACCUCACGUUUGGUAUUUAUUACCAGAACAUACCCGCCACGCUCUUCUUCAAGAGCCUGAGAAAGCUAAAGCAUGUAUUCAAGUUUCACGAGUACAAUUUGAAGUUCAAAUUACACGCGAAGAAGGGUAAGCUUCCGAAUUACGUGGUGGUGGAACAGAGAUACUUCGACAUUAACUUGUUUCCGGCGAACGACGACCACCCGUCGCACGAUGUGGCGGUUGGGCAGAAGUUUGUGAAGGAGGUGUAUGAGAUUUUGAGGGCCAGUCCACAGUGGAAGGAAAUGGCGUUAUUGAUCACUUAUGAUGAACAUGGUGGGUUUUAUGAUCAUGUCCCAACUCCUGUUUCUAAUGUGCCUAAUCCAGAUGGGAUUAUUGGGCCUGAUCCCUAUUAUUUCCGAUUUGAUCGGUUGGGUGUGCGUGUUCCGACGUUUCUUAUUUCCCCAUGGAUUGAUAAGGGCAUUGUGAUCCAUGAACCCAGUGGGCCAACCCCUUUUUCACAGUUUGAACACUCUUCCAUCCCUGCUACUGUGAAGAAACUUUUCAAUUUAAAAUCUAAUUUCUUGACCAAAAGGGAUGCCUGGGCUGGAACCUUUGAGAAUUACUUCUACUUGCGUGACACUCCACGGGAUGAUUGUCCAGAAACUCUUCCAGAAGUGAAGAUAUCAUUGAGGCCAUGGGGACCCAAGGAAGAUGCGAAGCUCUCAGAGUUCCAAGUUGAAUUGAUACAACUCGCAUCCCAGCUUAAUGGCGAUUACGUUCUCAAUACCUACCCUGAUAUUGGCAAAGGCAUGACAGUUGGGGAAGCCAACCGAUAUGCUGAGGAUGCAGUAGAGAGGUUUUUGGAAGCUGGAAGGGUUGCUUUGAGAGCUGGAGCAAACGGGUCUGCAAUGGUUACAAUGAGACCAUCCCUCACUAGCCGAACUAAAGGGGAAGAAGAGUAUAGCCGCUAUGCGAAAGCCUAUUGA